AUGAGACACUCCUUUGAAUGCGACGGUGUCAAAUACCUGAUUACUCUUGCAGUGUCUCUUAACGAGACAGGUCAUACUAGUGAGCCUGAAUUCGAAGUGCUCUGCGAUGAAGGCAUUACAGCAGGCGCCGUCAUCAACUGGAUAAUAUUCACCAUUUCCUGGGUCCCUUUGGCUCUUUACUUCCUACUUUUCAUAUUAAGUGGACUGUACUCCAUGGGCAAAUGGUUACUAUUGCGAAUAGAAGAUCGCUACUAUGAAUCAGUCGAACCAUGGCUUCAGCGGCGCCGCGAAGCCGCCAAGAUGAAAAAGAAAAAGAAGGACGAUAAUAACAAUAGGGUUGCUGUUGGCUCGUAUAACUUGUCACUAUCAAUUCCUAUGUCCUUAGAUGACAGUGCAUCAAUCAACUCUGGAACCACAGUUAACGAAGAUAUAGUCCUAGACAUGAGCCAUGGAAACCAGCACCAUAGUGGAGCUCAGACUGCUGCUAUCCCCGCUAUCACUACUAUAAUCAUCAAUACUGCUGCUACUGCUACUGCUACUGCUACUUCUACUACCGCUAUGCGAAACUUGACCUUCUUUGGAAGAUUCGCCCAAUUCUUUGGUCGGAGGCAUCGACGUACUAGUGAUCCAUGCGCCUCUGAAGGCUUACAGGCUGUACCCGAGAUGAGAGACAUUGAUUCCAGUGCUGCGUAUAUUGAUACACCCGUUACAGAAGGGAUGAAGGAGGGAACUGCCACUUAUCUGGAUAUUAAGUCCUAA